CGUCAUCACGUACUUUAGCCAAACCUGCGGACAUGGUAGAAGAAGUCAUUACGUUCAUGUUUUUUUUCGCCUCUUUUAUACAAGAGAGACGUGUUGAGUGUUUCGUAUGGUUCAGUUUUUUCCCUGUAAAAUGAGAGUUUUGCUUAGCGAAAACCGCAGUAUUUAAGAUCUUAUUCUGUUAGUCAGCGGCCGAAAAAGUUAGAAGAUGUUUAUUGUUAGAACUAAUAAAAUAUGCUCAGUGGUAGGCUACACCUGUGCAGGGGUUCCGUAAUAAUUAACGAGUGUAUGAGUAAGAUCCCAGCAGCUACGGAAGCACCGUCGGUACAUUAUAACGGACAGGCCCUGCCUUUAGGUGUCUGAGGAUCCAGACAGGAUGAUCUACAUCAUAAUGGGAGUCUCAGGCUGUGGGAAAAGCACUUUAGGGGCUUUCCUAUCAGAAAAGCUGGGCUUGCCUCUGCAUGAAGGGGAUAACUUUCACCCACAGGGGAACAUUGAGAAGAUGGCUCAUGGUGAACCACUGACAGACCAGGACAGAUUGCCUUGGCUUCUCAAACUGCAUGAAGUCAUUGAGAGAGAACGGUGUUCAGGGUCUGAUGCUCUUGUGGCGUGCUCCGCCCUGAAGCGCCUGUACAGACAGAUCCUGCUCUAUGGCUCCAAAGCCCUCGCUCCCUCUUCUGGUCCAGACCAAGAUAUUUUGCCUCCCACCUCUCCUGAUGUCUUUUUUCUUUUCCUACAUGGUGACUACGAUCUCCUUCACCAGAGGAUGGUGGCCCGGAGGGGACAUUACAUGAAAGAAGACCUGCUGCGUUCCCAGUUUGACGUUUUAGAGCCGCCGUUGGAUGAGGAGAAUGUGUUGCCACUGGACAUCCGGAGGAGCAUCCCUGAUAUGGCCACGGAGGUUGAGAAGCACAUCAUCAGCAUCAAGUCGUCACCAGUGGCUUAACCACCGUAGCAUAUCAAAAGAGAUCUUCAUCAUCAUCAUGUUUUCAAGUGUGUUCAGUUUUUAGCCAUGCUAGUGGCGUGAUUCUAGGGAUGGUCCACCACUUUGGUCCAGACUGAAAUAUCUCAACAACUAUUAGAUGGAUUGCCAUGAAAUUUGCUACAGAUAUUCAAAGUCCCUACAGGAUCAAUUCUAAUGACUUCCGUGAUCCCCUGACACACUAGCGUAGCGCCACAAGCCGGUCAAAGUUUUCACUUGUUCAGUGAAAUAUCUCAACAUCUAUUUGAUGGACUGGCACAAAAUUCUGUACAUACAUGGUUCCCAGACGGGAACUGACUUUGGUGAUUCUCGGACUUUUCCCCUUCAGUAUAGCAUGAACUACAGAAUCUGUAUGAUCCUGUGGUGCAUUUGGGAUUCUGGAAACUGCAGCUAGUUAGCUGAAAAUAUUUCAAAGCCCAGCCCAAGUGCCAUUCCAGUAUAUGCUGUGGGUGUGAGUGUUUGAUAUUGCAAAGGUUUGGGACCAAAAAGUGCUUUUUUUGUGAAAUAAAAAUUAACUGAUGA